GUGCUUUGCAUCCACUUUACUAGCGUGUGCUUCAACGGCCCACCACCACCACCUUCCACCCACCCAAAACCUUCUUUUGUGGCUGCUCCUCCUUGCCCAUCAAUAUAACAACCCACUCUCUCUUUCUCCCCUUUCCUAGAUCCAUUUCCCCCAAUUAUCGCUAUCCUACGCCCCCCAUCCCCCCACUCGCCUAACGUGCGCGCAACUCCGGCGAGGAUUGGAUUGGCCGCUAUGUCAGUUGUCCGUGAUUCAUUAACGCCGCCGCUGUCGGAGUUAGCGCCACCGCAGGGACACUUAUUUUAACAGAAGAAGACAGUCACGCCUAAGCCGAGGUUGCUAACGUGCGCCGCUCACGUAAUCACUUGAUUUUUGGAGAGAGAGAGAGAGAGAGAGAGAGUGAUGUCGUCGACGACCGAGGCCGCGCCGGAAGCAGGCAUGGAGGACUUGACGGCGGUGGUGGUGGAGGAGAAGCCAGGUAGGAAAUUUCCGGCGCCGUGUUGGACGCAAGAGGAGACGUUGGCCCUGAUCGAGGCCUACCGCGAGAGGUGGUACGCGCUCCGCCGCGGAUAUCUCCGCACGGCGGACUGGGACUCGGUGGCGGAGACGGUGGUGAGCCGCUGCCCCGACGCGUCGCCGGCGAAGACCUCCGCGCAGUGCCGCCACAAGAUGGAGAAGCUCCGGCAGCGUUACCGCGCCGAGAAACAGCGAUCGCUGUCCUAUCCCGCCGGCCGCUUCUUCUCCAAUUGGUUCUUCUUCGAGAACAUGGAUGCCAUGGAGAACGGCACCGUGGUUUCCGCCGCUAGAUCCAGUCAAGAGCCCGAUAAACAAACAAUUUCGGGUAAUGCCUUUGGUUUAAAAACCUUGAUUGAUCAGAACAUUCUGAAAUUAAAGCUCAAUCCCACAAAACUCACAAAAUCCAUUGAAGAUUCGAACCCUAAUUUUGGCUUUGAUCAAGAGAUCACACCAAAGAAUUUUGGGGCUCGAGUCCCAAAUGGCUACCUCUCGUAUUUGGAUGUUGCAGCCAGCAAGAAAGAGCAAGUUGAUGUUCUGCAUUUGGAAACUCCUUUUGGAAUAAAAACCAGAAUUGAUGGAAUUCCAAUCCCUAUUGGAUUCAAACCAAAGAGAAGCAGUUUCAAUGGUGAGCUAAAGAAUGGCUUUGAUGUUGUGAACAAGGAAAUGGGGAAGCUUGACAGGGGGAUGAACUCGAAUCUCAGUGAGUACAAUGGAAUCAACCCGAGUGAAGAGUAUAUAAUGAGGGUGUUGGCUGAUAGAAACUCAUCAGUUCAUGUCAGGGGAAACAAUGGUGGAGGAGCUAUGGAGGAUUCCAAUCACGAUAUGGGCGUUUCUUCGAAUAGGUUUCUGUCGUCUAGUUUGCCUAGAGUAGGGAAGAAGAUGAGCGAUGGCAGCAGCGGUGUAGGGUGUAAACGGGAGAGGAAUUCAGUGGAUAGCGUUGAUCAAAUCGCUGCCUCGAUCAGGUUCUUGGGAGAAGGGUUCAUGAAGAUCGAGAAGAUGAAAAUGGAGAUGGCGAAGGAGAUCGAGCAAAUGAGGAUGGAGCGGGAAAUGAAGCAGAGCCAGAUGAUACUCGAAUCUCAGAAGCAGAUGGUGGAUUGUUUCAUGAAGGUGUUGAGUGAGCUCAAGAACAGCAAAAAGGCGAAGAAGACAGGCGAGCACGAGCAGGAAUCAUAGUCGAGGAUUUACGAGAUUUCUCCAUUGAUAUGAGUUUGAAUUUGAUGUUUAUGAUGCUAUAUAUCACCAGGUUAGUGAAAAUGCUGAAUCUGCUACUAGUUUUAGUAACUUAUAUUAUCAUUGAGAGGUAUAUGUAGAGCUUCUGUAGCCAUAACAGUCAUAUGUAACAUAGCAGCAUAAGGUUUGCCUUGAAGGAAGCUCACUGUGUACAGCUUCUGAGCAUAAUAAUAUUGAGUUCACCAACAUUUUCUGAGAUUUCA